AUGGCUUCCAGUCUUCCACUUGUUUCACUCUCUCUUAUCCUUGCAUAUACCUCUGCCACUACGUAUGCCCAGGCAGUUCCAGCCAAAGCGUACACACCCAUCAAAGGCCCAUGUCCAGCCGACUUUGAGCUCGUCCGCAUGGCCGGAUCCGCCGCGUCGAACCAGACGUUGAGCACCGGCGAAGCCGCAUACAUCCAGUCGCGCAAGAGCGACGUCAUUCCCAGCGCGUGGCACACCUAUCUCUCCAACGUGGAGGCGACCGGGACGACGCUCCCGUCGUACGUCUCGGCACUCCUCGCGAACUCGAGCGACGGCCCGACGCUCGGCAUCGCAACAAGUGGAGGCGGAUACAGAGCCGCCAUUGUCGGCGCGGGGUUCCUCAACGCGCUCGACGGGCGGAACGGGACGAGCGCGGCCGCGGGCACGGGCGGGCUGCUGCAGGGCGCGUCCUAUCUCUCUGGUUUAUCCGGGGGAGCGUGGUUCGUCAGCUCGCUCGCGCAGGCCAACUUCCCUACCAUCCAGGAUCUUGUUUUCCCGUCUACGGAGUACGCUGCGCCCGGGGGCGCGGGGGACGCGCAUGUAUAUUGGGGUGGGUGGCACGCGAACUACAGCCUGGCGGCGCCGAGUGGCGACCUGCUCGUGGAUCUCGCGUACGUCGAUGCGUGCGUGAGCGAGAUCUUGGACAAGCAGCUCGCGGGGUACCCUGUUACAUUUGCGGACGUGUGGUCGCGCACGCUGGCACGGCACUUUGCGAACGGGACGACGGAGAGCAACUUUUAUGACGAGGCGUACCCCCAUGGGGCGGGUGUUUUGUUCUCGGAUAUUGCAAAUACGUCGAUGUUCGAGUCGCGCCAGAUGCCGUUUCCGAUUGUCAUCGCGGACAUUGAUGUCCCCACCACAAACGCUUCGGAAAUCAUUCCAGGCGACACGGAGCCGCUAACAAAUCCGAUUUUCGAGUUUAACGUUUAUGAGAUGGGCUCGUACGACCCGAUGCUCUCUGCAUUUGCGCCGACAAAAUAUCUCGGGACGGCCAACGGCAGCAUGUGUGUGACGAACUAUGACCAGACGUCCUUUGUCGCUGCUUCCUCGUCGGAGCUAUUCAACGACCUUACUUUUGAUUUACUCAAUGACACGUUCGGCCCCCUUCUCGCGGCUGCCUCAGACACCUUGCCCGGGUUGCAAAACGAGUUAUACGCGUACUGGCCAAACCCAUUCUAUGGUGUCGCUUCGGAUACAUUCGGAGCCUCAAAGCAGAGUAACCUACACCUCGUUGACGGAGGCGAGGACGGACAGGUUAUUCCGCUGCAACCUUUACUUGUGAAAGCUCGGGGUAUCGAUGUCAUCGUCGCUAUUGAUGUGAACAACGCCGAGAACAACUUCGCCGACGGCGGUACCCUCAUUGCAACCCAAGACCGCAGCGCCCUCUUCCCCUCCGCCUACUCCUUCCCGCCCGUACCUACCACCACCGCAGAAUUUACCUCGCAGAAUCUCACCACACGGCCCACCUUCUUCGGGUGCACCACGACGCCCGCGAACCUCUCCACCCCGCUCGUGAUCUACCUCGCGAACGGCGGCCCGCCGCACGACGGAGCCGCGCCAGUGACGAACACGUCGACAUUCCAGCUUACGUAUGAGGAAAGCGAGGUGCAGGCGAUGCUCGACCAGACGUUCGUGCUCGCCACGCAGGGGUACCCCGCGAAUGCGAGCGAGACAACAGAUUCGGAGUGGCCGGCGUGUCUUGCGUGCGCUGUUGUGGACCGCGCGAGGGCGCGUGCGGGGACGGCGAGGAGCGGGGUGUGUGAGAGCUGUUUGGAUAGGUAUUGUUGGUCUUAG